CUUAGCCAGAGCAAGGAAUAAAGGUCAUCCAAAUUUGGAAGGAGGAAGUCAAAUUGUCUCUCUUUGCAAACAACAUGUCAUCUAUAAAAACUCCUGAAACCUCCACCAGUAAAACUGAGAACUGAUAAAGGAAUUCAGUAAAGCUGCAGGAUACAAAGUCAACAUGCAAAAAUCAGUAGUGUUUUUAUACACCAACAACAAACGAGUGGGACAAAAACCAAGAAAGGAAUCCCAUUUACAAUAGCAAAAGAACCCCUAAAAACCUGGUAAUAAAUUUAACCAGGGAGGUGAAAGAUUUCCACAAGAAAAACUAUUAAGCACUAAUGAAAAAAAACUGAAAAAGACCACCAAAAAUGGAAAGACAUGUUCAUAGAAUGGAAGAAUUAAUAUUGUGAAAAAGACCAUACUGUUAAUAGACAUCGACAGAUUCGAUGCAAUCUCUUCCAAAAUACCAACAACAUCUUCAAAGAAAUAAGACUAUGAAUUUCCAGAGGGGAGGAUUUGGGAGAAUUGUGUAGCCUGAUGGUGGUUUAGGCAGCUCCCAGUUAAUUCCAGUAAAUAACUCCAUUCUUAAUUCUAACUCAUUGUCAACACCUCAGUGGUAAACCAGAAAAGUUAUGAGAAUCUGCAUCAGAAAAUAAUUGUUUCAACUUCUUGGCAAAAUGACCUUGUAUCCAGCACUUCCCUGACAGUAUUAUUUCAUCUUCAAACAACACAUCAAGAAAGUUCUACUCCCAAGAAAUUUGAAGUUCCCAGAGUGAAGUGGCUUAAGAUUUCCCAGGGAUUUAAACCAGAAUCAGUGUAAAACCAGCAACCCUCCCAUUUAUCCUAAAGGUUAGAGAAGGUUUCCUUUGAAAUUAAAAUGAAUGAGUCACUAUUCGAAUGGAUUAGUGUUACCCAAUUGAUGGUGUGAACUUCCCAAAUUAUAAUCUAAUCUUGCCUAGCAUUUAAUUAUCAUUCCACAUUAACUCCAUGAUCCAUACAGUAAAAUUCACACCCACCAUUAAGGCUUUUAGUGCUUGAGAGCCCUAACUGAGGGGGCUGAGAACUAGGGAAUCCCAUGGGACCCUCAGUGUAUCUAUAAACCACCCUCAUAGCGUCCUGGAAUGAAUGCAGAGACGAGACCAUGUGCCUUUCUCUGGUUCCCACUGUUUUUAUAUAAGGGUAGGCUGGCUAAUAGCAAACUAGUGAUUUAGUCUAGCUCAAACCAAGUUUUCCCAUGUCAAUUCCAAUAUUCUUUUUUAAAAAGUGAAAAAUUAUCACCAAUAUUCAUUAUGUAUCAACAAAGACUGUCUCUUUUUUUUCAGUAUCUUGACAUUCGCAUGUGAAAGCUUUGCUCAAACUAGAUCAAAUCACUGGUUUGAUAUUAAUCCACCAGCUCUUAACAUGUUUUUUACUUGUUAGGAUAUUACUCUCUGUGGCAUGAGGGGACCCAAAGUGGUUACCACGUGCGGAUCUGUAUUUUCUGGGGCCUCCAAAUACCUCAGCAAUAUGACAGCUCAGUAGAGCGGGAAAACCUGUGUUCUUUGCACAGUAGGCAUGUUUAAUACAUUAAUUUCCUGUGGGCGGGGUUUCAGUGGCAAAUGUAAUCAACGCCGCUUACGUACAAUGGACUCUAUGGCCCUAAACCAAUCAUGGGGCGGCGCAGGGAACCGGAAACGGGGCCUCAGUCCCUUGACUUCUCCAUAAAUUGACGCAGUUCAGCUCCAGGCCAGUUGGAGAGCGCAUCCCAGAGCGAGGAGGUUGGCGGCGGAAGCCGGGAAGGAGACUUCUGAACGAACAGUGAAUCUGUUACUGAGGAAAACCAGAGGAAGCCUGUGUAGAUAGGUAUCAAUUAGAUACCAGCUACUGGAAGAGCUUUCUCAGAGACUGAUUAAAAAAUUCUUCACUAGAUAUGGCUGCAAAUUGCACAUCCUCAUGGCGUCAGAGAGAACCCUGCAACAGACCUGGGUUGGAGCUGCCACGGUCUAUGGCAUCCUCAGAAACUCAACUUGGAAAUCACGACAUGGACCCUGAGAUUUCUCACGUGAACUUCAGGAUGUUCACCUGCCCGAAGGAGUCAGACCCCAUCCAGGCUCUGAGGAAACUCACUGAGCUGUGCCAUCUGUGGCUGAGGCCCGACCUCCACACCAAAGAGCAGAUCCUGGACAUGCUGGUGAUGGAGCAGUUCAUGAUCUCCAUGCCCCAGGAGCUCCAGGUCUUAGUCAUGAUGAAUGGCGUGCAGAGCUGCAAAGACCUGGAGGACCUGCUGCGAAAUAACAGAAGACCCAAGAAAUGGUCUGUAGUCACCUUCCACGGAAAGGAAUAUAUUGUACAGGACUCAGAUGUUGAGAUGGCUGAAGGCCCUGCCAGUGUCAGGGAUGAUCCGAGGGACAUGUCCAGCCAGCGGGCCUCCUCUGUGAACCAGACGCAUCCGGGGGAAGGCCAGGCCCGCCGAGAGCUGCAGACCCUGCCCAGGGUCCCUGCACUGUUCAGGAGGCAGGGAGAGGACUAUCUGCUACACAAGAGUAUUGACGUAAAAGGUGACCCAAAGUCUCCGGGACCCAAGCUGACCUUGGAGAAGGAUCUGAAGGAAAACAGGGAAGAGAACCCAGGACUUACAUCCCCAGAGCCUCAGCUUCCAAAGCGUCCCACAGAUCUGGUGAGAGCAAAGGAGGAGAAGGAACCCCCAAAAAUAGCCGCUGUGGAAAAUGUGGAUGCCGACACACCUUCUGCCUGCGUUGUGGAGAGAGAAGCUUCGACUCACAGAGGGAACAGAGGAGACACUCCGAAUCUCAGAGGUCCCAAAAGAAGCAAACGGGAUGCCUCCUCCAUUUCCCAAGAAGAACCUCAAGGAGGAGCCACACCUGUGGGCAACAGAGAAUCCCCGGGACAAGCUGGGAUGAAUUCAAUUCAUUCCCCAGGCCCUGCGAGCCCAGUCAGUCACCCCGAUGGCCAAGAAGCCAAGGCACUGCCGCCCUUUGCAUGUGACGUGUGCGAUAAGAGGUUUACCUGUAAUUCCAAGCUAGUCAUCCACAAGAGAUCACACACCGGAGAGAGACUCUUUCAAUGUAAUCUCUGUGGGAAGCGUUUCAUGCAGCUCAUUAGCCUCCAAUUUCACCAGCGAACCCACACCGGCGAGAGGCCCUACACGUGUGACGUCUGCCAGAAGCAGUUCACCCAGAAGUCCUACCUGAAGUGUCACAAGAGAAGCCACACAGGGGAGAAGCCCUUCGAAUGUAAAGACUGCAAGAAGGUUUUCACCUACAGGGGGAGCCUGAAGGAGCACCAGCGCACCCACUCCGGAGAGAAACCCUAUAAAUGCUCCAAGUGUCCAAGAGCCUUCGGUCGGCUGAAAUUGUUAAGACGCCACCAGAAAACACAUCCAGAAGCCACUUCUCAUUGAUUGCAUAAUCUGGUCUAUGCCUUCUGCACCAAGAAGAAGUGAAUGAUGAUUUUUCACUGAUGUUACCAGAGUACAUUUGACACGUGCAAGGGCGCCUGGCACACAGAGGGAGUGCCCUAGAUAUGAAUUGCCAUGAUGUUUGAGUAAAUAUGUAUCCUCCCCACUGAGCUUUGUUUUCUGUUUCAUUAUGUCCAUUGUUUUCCUAUAGGUUUAUUUUGGUUUCUGUUGCUGUUCUUUCAAUAAACGAUCAUCUUAUUAGUUUUCAA